ACGCCCACAACAACCAAAAUGCUGCCUCUAGAUCUCCUUCCUUUGGUCUUGGAUCACAUUAGCGAAGAUCGCACAACGUUGCUCAAAUGCUUGCUGACGAACAGCCAAUUCAAGCGGGCGACAGCAAGUAUUCUCUAUUCACAAGUUGUCCUGCGACCAAAAUAUGGCCAAACAACUGGCAUACUCGACCGUCUGCUCUCAGCAACACUGCAUUGUUACGCACCAUUCGUUCACUCGUUCAGCGUUCAAGGCCUUUUGUUAGAGAAUGUGGUGGCAUCUUUUCCGAUUGCAGAGACGUUGCUGGCCGCUAUCAAGGCAUUUGUCAACCUGAAAACCUUAGAACUUGUCCCGGAUAUAUAUCCCGAUGAUUUCUUCACACCAAUUCUUCAACAAGCGCUUGAACUCUCGUCUCUCCAGAUAUUAAGGGUCAACUCAUCCUGCAUGAGUGAGGCAGAUUCUGCUAUUCUUGCCAACCUGGUUCGCUUGCGCGUCUUGGAACUGCGAAGUCCAACACGAGCCAUUUUGAAUAUUCUGCCAGACUGGCUCACGAAGAUGGAUCAACUCACGGAACUCCAUCUCACCAGUAAUUGCGGCUCUGUAACUCCGGGAGUUCUUCGCCAGCUUGUUCCAUUGCUACAAAACGUCACAGCAAUAGCUUUGGGACUAUCAUACUCCAUUAUUGACGACGAUCUGCUCGAAUUUCUGGGAAGUCUCCCCAAUCUAAAGAGUGCGCAACUGCAACAUUAUCUGCAAUAUAAACGGCCAGCGAACGAACUCGAAAUGCGUCAAUUGCGCUCUCUAACCGUCCUUUAUAAUUAUAUUGGCCAUGCCGAGAACAUGGACCGUUUCUGUAACUGGGUUUGUCGUGUGAUCACUGGUGCACCUAUCGAACACGUCAAACUAUGUUGCGACGAAUACGAAGAGUCUUCUUUAGCGCCUAGGACCUUUGAUACCCUGCUGAAGGAUCUUGCCUCCGCAAACUACGAAACCCUCCAUACCCUCGAUCUUGGUGGUUGGCUUGUCAGCGUCGACGCUGUCUCGUUGUUCCUCGAGAAAUGCAAACACCUAGAAGAGUUCUCUGCGGCGUUGGACCAGCCAGGUUUUGAAGGAUUCGAACGUCGUGUGUCGACAAUGACGUGUCUACAUACUUCAGUACUCAAAAUUUAUGCCGGAGCAGGCUUGACCACCAUUGAGAAUGCUGAGCGUAUAAUGAAGAAGAGUGUCGCGCUACGGAGGCUGUCGCUCAAUGAGUUGAAAACGGAGGGUUCAUGGGUCUCGCACAAUGGCGAAACACUGUUCGUAGUUCGGGAAAUUGAGCAAGACGUCGAAGACCUUCCGGAUGGCUCUAUCGCCACCGAUUCCACCGACAGAGAAGAUUCACCAACGCCUGAUUUGGAUAAUAUUGUCAGGUCUUCUGGCAUUAUUAUGGGUGCAAUCUUGGAAGAGGAGGAGGAUGAGAACGAGUAUGAUAUGCCGAAAGGAAUCCCUUUGAGGGCACAACUUACGCUCGAGGACUGGUUGGCCGAGAUGAAUCCGGAGUCAACGAGUGAGAUAGUAAGUGAAUAG